ACCAUGAAUAUGAAGCUGUCAUGAGGUCCACUCACUUGCUGAUAUAAUGAUAACCAACGAACGAACAAAUUCCUCAACAGAAAUUGGAAUUUGAGCCUCAUUUUAAGCUCAAUUUUCAUUUGUUCUUAACAUACAUUUUUUCCCCUUUCGAUAAAACAAGAAACAAAGGAGCAACAGAUACUAUUUUGUGAAAAUUUCAUUAAAGAACACAUAAAAGAUGGCAGAAGGUGAGGAUAUUCAGCCUCUUGUCUGUGACAAUGGAACAGGAAUGGUUAAGGCUGGAUUUGCUGGAGAUGAUGCUCCAAGGGCUGUCUUCCCUAGUAUUGUGGGACGUCCUCGUCACACUGGUGUGAUGGUUGGCAUGGGCCAGAAAGAUGCCUAUGUUGGUGAUGAGGCUCAAUCCAAAAGGGGUAUUUUGACUUUGAAGUAUCCGAUUGAACACGGUAUUGUUAGCAAUUGGGAUGACAUGGAGAAGAUUUGGCAUCAUACCUUUUACAAUGAACUUCGUGUGGCUCCAGAGGAGCACCCAGUUCUCCUCACAGAAGCUCCUCUUAACCCAAAAGCCAAUCGAGAGAAGAUGACUCAGAUCAUGUUUGAAACCUUCAACACCCCUGCCAUGUAUGUUGCCAUUCAGGCUGUUCUUUCCCUCUAUGCCAGUGGACGUACAACUGGAAUUGUGCUGGACUCUGGAGAUGGUGUCAGCCACACAGUGCCCAUCUACGAAGGUUAUGCCCUCCCACACGCCAUCCUGCGUCUUGAUCUUGCAGGGCGUGAUCUCACAGAUCACCUCAUGAAGAUCCUCACAGAACGAGGCUACUCUUUCACCACCACAGCCGAGCGGGAAAUUGUUAGGGAUGUGAAGGAGAAGUUGUCUUACAUCGCUCUUGACUAUGAACAAGAAAUUGAAACAGCAAAGACCAGCUCAUCUGUUGAGAAGAGCUAUGAGCUUCCUGAUGGACAGGUUAUCACCAUUGGUGCUGAGCGAUUCCGUUGUCCAGAAGUGCUGUUCCAACCAUCAAUGAUCGGAAUGGAAGCUGCUGGUAUUCAUGAAACCACAUACAAUUCCAUCAUGAAGUGUGACGUUGAUAUCAGGAAGGAUCUGUAUGGAAACAUCGUCCUCAGUGGUGGUACCACAAUGUUCCCUGGUAUUGCUGAUAGGAUGAGCAAGGAAAUUACUGCAUUAGCUCCUAGUAGCAUGAAGAUCAAGGUUGUCGCCCCACCUGAGAGGAAGUACAGUGUCUGGAUCGGAGGAUCUAUAUUGGCCUCCCUCAGCACAUUCCAGCAGAUGUGGAUAGCUAAGGCAGAGUACGAUGAAUCUGGACCUUCAAUCGUUCACAGGAAAUGCUUCUAAACACGUCGAGUAAGAGAUAACUGAAGAAAUAUACAAACUUGCAUUUCCAGAGCAGCUCCCCGUCGAUUGGUUGCAUAUAAUAUGCUUCUCAUUUGUAUUUCCUUUUGAUUUAUUUUUGUUUCAAUCUCAAAUAUUUGGUCAUUGGUAUGAUAAAAAAAAAGAAAAAGCAAGCAGUUCAUGUUAAAGUCAAUUUACCAUUCAUAUUUUUAUGUAGAAGAGUUGUAUUUCAAAAAUGUUGUGAUUUGGAUUAUGGAUAAAAAGCUUUGUUGAUUCAUUUUAUAUAUA